UGCAAAAAGUAUCUUAUUUGCAUCAUAACUAUUUUUUAUUUGUCUCUCUUGCAGUUUGCCAUCCUUCUCAUACUGGUCAUCAUUGUUGAGAUUGCAGCAGUAAUAGCUGGAUAUGUCUUCAGAAAGAAAGUCUCAAUUGUGGUCGAGAAAACCCUCGUUGACAUGAUGGCUGGUUAUAACAACAACACUGAGCUGAAAAAGGCUGUGGAUAAACUGCAGGAGGAUGUGCAGUGCUGUGGUGUGAACAGUACUUCUGACUGGGCCAACUUCAAACCUAAUAAAAAUUCUGUGCCUGACUCAUGCUGUGUGAAUGUCACUAAAGACUGUGGACUCAACAACAUGAAAAACCCCGUCAAAGUGCACCAGCUGGGUUGUCAACCUGCUGUGGAGGCCCUACUGAGGAAACAAAUCCAGUGGGUGAUCAUUGCAGCUCUUGUCAUUGCUUUCCUGGAGGUUGUGGGGAUUGUGUUUGCUUGCAUGCUGAUAAGAGGUAUUCGCAGCGGCUACACGGUCAUGUGAUCCAGCUUCACACCUGAGCAGGAGUUGGCUGUUCAGGUCAUGCUUUUUGGGAGCUUCAUUUGGAAACUUUAAAUAUGUUCAUAUUAUACUUCAAAUACAAAAUACAACACAGUAUAAUAAUUUAGCAUGCAUUGAUUUUGGAUUCUGUUUUCAGAGGUUAAAACUUUGCUUCCAUAGUGUUUGUGUGUGGAGAUGGAAAAUGGCAAAAAGAAAAACCCUCUGCUUUUAACUAUCGGUAGCUUGUUAUUGGUUAUGAUUUUGUUCUUUACAUCUUUUACUUUGCUUGUUCUGGUAGAGACUGGGGGUCUGUUUGGAUGCUGAGAUUUAUUUGUAUUGCUGGGUCCAGUUUCAGGUUUUAAUAAAGACUUCUUAAAUUGCACCCAAAUUUGCUUCAAGUCUAAAUACAAACGGAAAAUAAAAAGGACCAUUGAGAUGAAGUUCAUGUAAAUAUAAUAUUAGCAUAGAAACAACAUUCAAAACUUCUGAAUUACAGAAAAGAAAUUAACUUUUGCAACACAUUUAGAUAUGUUGGGCCAGUUCUUGCACAGGAAGCAAAGGGCAUAUCCUAUUUGACACUUUACAACACCAGUACAAGGCAUGUGCAGUUCCCCUCAUAGUUACAGAAGUUCAGAUGGCUUAAAUAGAAGCUUUGUGCUGCAUGUGUGCUCUUAAUCAUUGUCAGCCUCCAAAGCAAGAAGACAUUCAGUAAACAAAGGGCCAUCACCAAUCUUCAGCCAGCUUGUAACUGCUGUGCAGCAAAGGUUUAAAAGGAUAAUCAUCUACAAUAAGAAGUGCAGCCCCUCACCACACAAA